AGCGCUCGAUGACACCUCCCGACUCUCACGUGCUACUCAUUGCUUCCUUCAUCCUGUUAUUUCCCAUCUCCUCCACUGGUUCUUCGCCACCGACCACGACAAUACCAGCAGCAGGAAGGACCGGAGAGGGCGCGUCUCCUACCCCGACGCCAUGGCCGCCGCAGUUCCACUCCCUCCUCUACAUCAAUUAUAGCGGCGCCCUCUCGUUCGUCGACCUCUGGUACGACUGGCCCAACUCCCGCAACUUCAACAUCAUCCAGCACCAGCUGGGCGAGCUGCUGUACGACCUCGAGUGGGGAAAUGGCACCUCCUUCUACUACACCCUCGACGGCAAUUGCCGCUGCCGCACCGUCGACUUCGACGUCGGGAUACUCCGCCCGGACUGGCUCGACGGCGCUACCUACCUCGGCAGGGAGGCCGUUGACGGCUUUAUCUGUGAUGUGUGGGAAAAGGCUCAGUUCAUUUGGUAUUAUGAGGACGUCGAAACCAGGCGGCCUGUGCAUUGGCUGUUCUACACCGGGAGAUCUGUUCAUGUGAUGACAUUUGAAGUGGGAGCAGCACUCGAGGACGCAAAAUGGCAAGCCCCUGCUUACUGCUUUGACAAAGACGAGGAAGAAGACCGAGAGUACCAAUCUGGUCCGAGCCAAAUGCUUGCAAGAUCGCUGAAAGGACUAUCCCAGUAUGAUAUGUAACGAUGCUAUGUGCUAUGACCGCUACAUGUAUCUACCAUUUCAUGUUCAAAAGGAUGAAGUAUGAUGCCCAUCUAUAAUUCCAGGGGAAGGCAUCUUUUUUGCUAUAUCACUGGAUGGAACCAAAAUGUUGGAGAGCUCCUUACCACAUCAUCAAAUAAUGUGGCUUCAUAUCAUUGUUUCCAGAAUGCUGCAAGUAGUCUGAAAAUUGUCGAAAUAAAGUUGUGGCUACCUUCUAAUUUGAUGCGAUAAUGUACUCGUUUAUGGUUGUA